UACCUUCUUUUUCUUUACAACAGAUAAGUCUGCAGCAAUGAUUAGACAAAGAACAACCGUAAUCAACCUGGGACCAAAUCAUAACGAUGUUAUCCAGAAUGUAAAUACAACCCACUUGCUGUUGGUUCCACAACCAGAACACAAUUUCAUUGUUGAGAACAAGUAUACGAGAACUCCUGAAAAGUUCAACUAUAUCAAACAUUUACGUAUACAAACCAAAUUCAGGGGGAACACGCCACAAUUGUCUCAACUAAUCUUCCCUUAUGAAUUCAGUGAAGGUAUUAACAUAUAUGCUAUCCCUCAAAAUAUCAACAAUCCCGAAAACAAGCAGGCCUUCUAUGAUCAAGUUCAACAAGCGAUCUAUGACUUGGUGGGAUUGAAAAUUGACAGCUCAAACUGGAUCAACAAUAUCAAUUCGUUAUAUUAUCACAAUGUUACUCCUUUGAAUUUGAAUGCCAAUCAUAAGUUUUUACAAGGGGUUAAGUUAUGGAAACUGGAUGUCGAUUAUGAACUUCAGUUGGGUGAUAAGCUCACACUUAAACAAGUGGUCACUGAUGUGCCAGCACUUCAAUUCCAAACAGAAAGAGGAGUAUACAAAGAGAUUGGAUUGUUUUUGAAAGAUGAUUCCAUAGCUAAAGGGGCUGAUGAUAUUGUUCUCAGCGGUCUUAGGGUUAUUCUUGAUGCAAAAUCUACCUCGGAUGAAAAUGUGUUCAAGACUAUGUUUCAUAUCAAACCAAGACAUAGAUUGUUGAAUGGGACUAUACAUUCUGAGAUUGUCGAUCAGGGAUUGCAUCCUAUUCUCAGAACAGAAGUGGGAGAGCUUUCAAGUGUUGCAGAUGAAGACGUGAUUCCUGGUGAAUGUAAGUUAUAUUACUACAUCAACUUGAACAGGUCACUUAUUUUCGAUCAGUUUCAAUCGGUUCCGAUUAACUCUUCACUUGUGAUCAACAAUGGUAACAAGAAUUUGGAAUUACCAGAAUAUAAAAUCAAUGAAUGGGGGAACGAGGUUAUGUUUGAGUUUGAUACUCAACCUUCACAAAUUGAUUUCACAUUGCAUUCUCGAUACCAGUUGCCUAAUGCUUCACAUACAAAUGCCAGCGUGAUCCACAGUUCACUUCCACAAGUGUUUAUGGCCUGUAAUGUAAAAGAUGACCAUUUAUUGGACAAAUCUCCUUUUGAUAGUAGGUCAGUGCUAGGGGGCAAUUAUGAAGUUUAUUUCACCAACAAUACCGUAUUUUAUCAUAUCAAUCAUGAUACAAGUUCGUCUGUCAAUGCGAAGAUCCCCCAUGGGGUGACUACAUUCGACAGAGUCAACAAUAUCACUUCCAUCACUGUACUUAUUGGAUUCACGAUGAUCAUUUAUGUUAUCCUUAAAAAGGUGAUCACGAGAAAAGACGAUGUUGUUGUGUCCGAGAACAAAAAGAAUGAGUAAAGGCACAUUUCCGAUUAGCGAUAAUUAUUUACAGGUAAACACAAUAGAACGAAAAAGAAAUUCUGCAAGGCGUGUGCUUUCUUCUAUAUAGUUUAGUAUAGUUAAAGUAGCAGUACUAGUAGUCCUCGCCGUGGUGUGGCUCAUUAGCCUUAAAAUAUCGGCAGGAAAAAUAUAUGAAAAAUUACACAAAA